UCUCACUCAGACAGAAAGACGUGGAUUGCUGUGAUGCACAUGCAGCAGUGGAUUAUUCCCCUACUCUUUAUCUUUCUCUGCGAUGUCUGCUCCAAAAAGCUGCUCCGUUGCAUCAAGGAUGAUGAUGAUGAUGAUGGCAAAGAUGGAGAGUCCUGGCUGGAGAGUUUCCCAAGGGCGCGGUGCAAGUCUCGCUGCUUGAGUUUGCACAGCGCAGCAACACUGCAGAACAAUGGAUCACUGUCAUGGUGCCAUAGUCAAAAGGAGUGUGCAAAGUGUUUGGAGCCGUGUAAAAACUCUUGGUUUAUGAAAAAGAAGAAGAAUUGCAGAGAACUGUGUGAGAGGUUGUUUCCAAAAAAGCACUGGGAGUGUUUGGCCAGCUGUCAGUUCCUUGAGUCAGUGAUGGAACUGAAGCAAGGGGAAUGUCCUCCUCCGGACUGGGCCACUGGCUUUGCGGCCGCCUGUGUCGAGAGCUGUGAUUAUGACACGGAAUGUCCAGCUCAGAAGAAGUGCUGCUCCAACACCUGUGGCCACACAUGCCAGACUCCUAAAGAUCUCUACAAAGGGGUUCCUUCAAAGCCAAGGAAGCAGCUUGGAUUUGAGGAGGUAUUCCCCGGCCAACUCGAGGUGCGUUGGAACCCCAGAAUCAACAUGUCUGCUGAGCCUGUAGUCUACAUCCUGCAGAAAAGGUGGAACUUUGGCAUCCAACCCAGUGAAGAUGCUGCUACGCCAUGGCAAAUAGUUGCAAAUACCACAGAGCAGAGAGUCCGACUUUCUGACAUCCGACCAGGCCGUUGGUACCAGUUCAGAGUUACAGCUGUCAACAUGCACGGAACCAGAGGUUUUACCACUCCGAGUCGACACAUAUGCUCCAGCAGAGACCCGACCCGCCCUCCAGCCCCGACUGAGUUGAGAGUGACCAACAUGAUGUUCACUGCAAGCAGUGCUGUACAGGUCCAACUCCAGUGGUGCAUGCAAGGAGACCUUGAUGUCCCUGUUCACCAUUACAAGGUCAGCUGGACUUGGACUGGUCAAAUCCCAGCUUCUUCCAUGACCAAAAGGAAAAAAAUAGUCAGAGAGAGCCAGGUGGUACUGGACAGCAUGCAGUCCAACCGCAGUUACAGUGUGGAGGUCCAGGCUGUCUGCUACUGGAAACAAACUCAGCUAAAAGGACCUCGAGCCAUUGUUCACUUUCAAACCCUGCAUGACAAGUCAAGAGACCUACCAGGUGACAUUCUGGAUGUGGGGACACCUUUCUAUCAAAAUGGACAGCUACAAGUUCACAUUUACUGGAAGAGCAGCACAGACCCUUCAGUCGAAUACUACCGAAUCCAGUGGAUACCAGAGUAUUGUGAGCACAACCAAACCGCACAAAGGAAAAAGACCAACACGCAGGGGACCUUCUUCAACAUGCAGGAUUUGCUCUUCUCCUGUAAGUACAAAGUCCUGCUGCAACCCAUCAGCAGGACCAGCCAUCAGCCAGCCAAGAGCAUCAGCUUCAUUACACCAUCCUGUGCCGCCAUCCAGGCCAAGAGUCCAAAACUCAUUGCCUGUCACGGAGUGACCCCUCAGAAGGUUCUGGUUAAGUUAACCAACCUGACAGUAUCCUUCAAGUUCCAUGGUAGUAACAUGACCACCAACUUUAAUUGGGGGGUGUCAUCUCACCGUUACCUCACUGGCUAUCAGGUGACCUUGGUUGAGGUCACUUCAAGCGGCCGACUUGACAACAAGAAGCUGCACCGCGGGUUUACCUCACAAGCCCAAAUUUUACCUCAGGAUGUUAGCAGUCUGGUAGUGUCUGGCCUACAUGCUACCAGUGUCUACAGGCUAGAAGUCCGGGCAAUCGUUGCUGAUGGUGAAGGUCAUGCCAUCAGCAGAAUCUUCCAGACUCCGGGAUUACACAAAGUGGAAAAGCAUAGGAAGUAUGAUUGAUCAAGUGGACAAUAAAAAUAAGACAUUGUCAUUCAUUGAUAAUUGGCACUGACCUGAAAGCCACUCAGCAUUAACUUCCUGCACAUCCUUCACACAUUCGUAAAAAAAAAUUCACCCAGUGUUGAUUCAUUUCCUGCUCAAGUGUGAUACCCUACUUAUCUUUAUGCUGUAUCAUGACACUGUGAUGUUGACACAAUUGCAUGCAAACACCCAUGUAUUGGGUGCCUUGACCUGAAGGGCAUCUUAAAAUGACUUUCAGAAACACAUGUGUUUCUUCCUUUAUGUUGUAAAAUGCUGUAUAUAAUGUGUUUAACAUGAGUUCUAAUAUUUAUAUCUGUCUUUACCUCUGAAGACCUUUUGUACUACCAUUCAGUGACAAAAUAUGUUCUGUACACUGCCUGCUUUUUGCAUUUUCCUUUAUUUUGAAGAUUGUUCCACCAGUGUCCUUUGUGCACGUAAAUUCAAUGCUCUGAAACACUUAGAAUAGUUUUUUGCACACCCUGUACAAUGUGCUCCCUACAACCUAUGGGCAGCUUUAUGUAGCGUGACAUACAUGUUAUCAGUGGUCCUUCUAAAUCAUCCAAAGGUCUUUGUGAAGAAAAAUCUAACUACACACAUUUGGGUCUUGAACUGGUGCUGCCAGGAUGUGAUUCAUUUGUUCUAUUUAAUAAAA